AUGAUAUCACAAUACAUGUGAUCUUUUCCUGGCUAUUGUGUAUUAGGUACCUAUAGAAGUGCACGCACAGACGUUCGUUGCAAUGCGAUAUCGUUUUGAUAUUUCUAUUUUUUUCGGUGAAGAAGAAUACAUGAAAUAGACAAAAAUGUCAACAACAAAGAUGUGGUGUCUUGUCUCACAACCAAAUUCCGUUGUUCUUGAUGUUGAAGUGGAUCAGCGAGCCAAUGGACAAGAAUGCUUAGAAAAGGUAUGCGAAAAGCUUUGUAUAGAUCAUUCAGAAAAAGAUUACUUUGGCCUUCAAUACAGAGGGAACAAGGGAGAGAACUUAUGGCUUAACAUGAGGAACCGAAUUGAAAAACAGUUGUCUGGUCCACAGCCAUUACGAUUUCAGUUGAGAGUCAAGUUCUUUGUCCAGCCUCACAUGUUGUUACAAGAUACAACCAGACAUCAGUUUUACCUGCAAGUAUACUAUGAACUCAAGAUCAAGAAAUUGUUGGUGUCAGAUGAAGAGCAGUUAGUCAAAAUCAUGGCUCUAAUAUCUCAGGCAGAACAUGGCAACCAAGCAAACAGUGAGCAGCAAAUCCUGUCCUAUCAAAAUCUGAUCCAAGGAAUUGCCUUUUGCUCUGAUGAGAUCAUUACCAAUCUAGCGUAUGAGCAUUCGAAAUACAGAGGCAUGCCUAGACGAUCAGCAGAGUACAGGGUUGUACAGGAGGCAUCCUUGUUGCCUAGUUAUGGCAUGGAAUAUCAUGAGGCCAAAAACGAGGCUAAUGAGGAUAUUGUUGUGGGUGUUGGACCCGAGGGUGUGCUCAUCUAUGACACCAACAUGACAGAAAUAUCCAGGUUCCCUUAUCCGAUUGUCCAAAAAGCCAUCCAUAACAGCAAAAAGUGCUUGCUGUAUGUUUUUGCAGAGGACGGAGAGACCACACAUGAAGAGUUCAAGAUGGUCAGUUUAAAGGCUGCCAUUGCUUUAUACAGGAGCAUCACAGAGAUGCAUACAUUCUUCAGGUGUGACACCAUCAACAUGGACUCUGAGGUUUUUUCUCAGGUCAGUCAGAAUUUGAAGGAUGUCCUGGCCUCCAUAUUCCUGAAGGAAAGUAAUUCUGUUGGUAUGAAUUAUGUUUUCGAUGUGCAACACACCUUUAGAGAGGUGUAUGACAGCACAAAGAGGAAGAUGUUUAUGUCACAACAAGGCCUGGAUGGUCAAGGUCACUCAGAAUCAGAAAUGGAUGCAACCUGUGACAACAGAGAAAUGUCAGUUUGUGAGGAAUACAAGAGGCAGUUGGAGAAGUUUCAGGAAUCAUUGAUUUGUCGAGUGUGCAUGGACAAGGACAUUUCGACAGUGCUGUGCCCCUGUGGUCACAUGGUCUGUUGUAAUGAAUGUGCUGAGAGACUUGAAGAGUGCCCUGUGUGUCGGACUAUGAUAAACACUGUACAGGGUGUAUUUUUCCCCGCGAUUGUCACAGCAGCCAAUAGGUAACAGUCAACAUACAGCAACAGAGGAAAAGCCUGUGAUAUGAAAAAUAUUGCUGUGAGGGUGAAACUGCCAGAUCAAUGCAAUACUAUUUUGUGAUUUUUAUCAUGCUAAAUUUUACCCGGGAUGUGUGCAUAUAGAAGAUGUUCAUUUUCAUUACUUUCACAUGUUGAUGAAGUCAUCCUUUGCCGUAUUCAUUCAAAUCAUUGAACCAUUUUGUCCAUAUUUGUAACUACACACCAAAUUUCACUUAUACAAAUAACAUAUUUUAAUGAAUACAUAUUUUUAUAUUGUGAAUUAUGAAUUUUGUGCAGAUAGAUUUUGUCUCAAAAUAUCCCCAUUAUGAGCUUCACUUGUUGCCAACUCAAUGGUUUAUUCGGGUUAAUUAACUAAUCAUGCAUUCAUGGAGGGAUUAUCAUUUCAGUCAAUAGAUUAUUUAAUUGACUUAAUCAAAACUCUUGUAGAAUAUUUAGAUUGUUCAGCUUUUGCCAGGGCUUUGUUAGCUUAUUCAGGAGCAGGAUGUUUGGUGUGGGGCAGGUGGGGGAUAGAGAACCUCUGUAUGAUAUGCUACCUCGAUAUCAAGUGAAAUACUUAAAAAGUGGAUCAGAAUGCAAGUGAUUGCACAUUUUCUAUAAUUUAUCGCAUAUACUGCAUAUGAAAUUAUCUAUACUCCAUAUAUUCUCUAUGUAUUAUGCUGUUCUCUCCUUUGUACCUCAAAGGCUGUUCUUUUGAACUCCAUGCAUUUGUUCUUUUUUUUCUUUUAAAAAAAAAUAUUUUUUUUUUUACAAGUUAUGAAAGUCCUGUUGAAGGUGACAUUAUAGUUGUCAUUAUUAUAGACAUUAUACAUAUUUCAAAUUUAAAGGAACUUUAGUCCCAAGUCAUAAAGUUCUAUUUCUCCUAUACAGGGUGUACUGCCAAUGAUUAUAUAUAUAUAAUGGUAUGUACAUGUAUAUGUAUGAUCUUAAUUUACUAUUUUAUUGCAAUAUGGAUAUUCAAAGAAUUUGAAAGAUUGAUAUUUUUAAAUGAUCAUUAGAUUAAUAAAUAUAUUAUUGAUAUGUACAUGUAUUUAGAAUAUAUGCACAUUGUAAACAAACACUUUAUUCUCAUUUUCAAGCUUCAUAACUUGAUGAAAUAAAACUACCCCCGGUACUAUGUCUUUUACUGCAAUCAAUGCUGUAUUCAUUUUAAAACCAUAUAACUUCAGCAAGUAAUUGACAUGUUUAUAUCUGGAAGAGUUUAACGAUAUCCUUGUAUCAAACAUUUUACAGUAGGGUUGUAAAUUACAUGGUGUACUUGAAUAUUGAUUUAACGUUUGAAAGUAUUGGAAGUGUAUAAUUUUUUUUUGAAAAAGUUGAGUUCAUUUUUAGGUACAUAGUGUGAAUGGUUGUUGCUAUAUGCAUGAGUCUAGAAGACUGAUAGAAUGGCAUUAUAUAUAUUUUGUAUGUAGAAGAUGUUUGAAGUGAAUAUGUACAUGUACAAAAUUGUAUGUAAAUAUAAUUGUAGACUUUAAUGAGAAAAAUGAGGUAAUUGACUGUGCUAUUAAUUUAUCAUAUCAAACUUCUAAAUUUUAUUUCUAUGGUAUAUUUUUUCUGGAAAACAUUUCCUUUUGUAAAAUUAGCGUGCAAAAUUUCUUGCUUCAUUAUUUACAUUGGUGAUGAUUUUAUAAAUUUAUGGAAACUGAAGUCUUCUAAAUUUAAAUGCUUAAACUUCAAAUCACGCUCUUCUCUCCGUACGAUGCAUUUCCAUCUUUAUACAAUAGUUAAUUGUGACUAUUUUAAUCAUCCUAGAUCUUAUAUGAUUUAUGCUUUUUCAAAGAGAAUCUUAUCACCAAAGUCAUUGCUAACUGCCAUUGAUUGUGGAACUGCCUGGAAUUAUUUUUAUUUCUUGCCCAUUUUUGUUUUCACUUUUACCAGAUGUACUUGUAUGACUGAUUUGCUUUGAUUGAGGAAAUCAAAAGUUGUACUCAAAACAUUGAAGUGGACACAUUCUUUCCUUAAUCAGCUUUCAUUUUAAAAAUUGUAUUUGAACAUUGUUAUUUAAAUGCAAUAAUGAUAUUUUUUGGGGAACUACAUAAAUAUCAUUUAAGUAUUGUUUUAAUGGGUUCUGAAAUUGAUGUUGAUAAUAGAUAGGUUUGUUAUUAGAGGAAAAUGCCUGUCUCUGUUAUGUACAUGUAGAAAUGGAAGGAGAAAAACUUCAAAAAAGAAUAAAUUAUCUAAAAACA